GCAUUAUCUUCGGAGCCAUGUCAAGUAGUGGCAAGUCGCUAUGUUGUAGGCUACCAUCGGAGAGACGGCAUGAGUAGUUUUGUUUCUACUGUAGAGCUAAGUUUAGCAUGGUACAAGGAUGUUUAGGAGUCCCCAGCUGUUGGCCUCACCAAGCCUAAAAGGGACCCAAAGAUCACUGCUACUCCUCUCCAAAGAGGCCCUGCCGUCCAUUUGCCCCAGACACCAGAGGAGUGGACCUGAUGGAAGAAGAUUACUCUCCCUGGGAUUUGUUGAGAAAUCAUGUUGCUCAAAGAAGGAGGAGGAUAUUCGAGAAAAACUAUCUCAGGACCUUGCAGAAAAGAAGAAAAACAUCAGAAAAAUACAAGCAAACCAAGGCCCCCCUGACCGCAGCCCUUCAGUUCCAGAUGAACUGACUACCAUUGCUCCUUGUUCACAGCACCUGAAGCUAUCAUUUAACAGACACUUUUCCUGUAAUGCACAGCCAUUGUCUUCUACAUGGUUAGCUGUGCCUUCACACAACCACUCUCAAACCAAUUCACUGGAGUAUGUGAUCAAUGCUGAGACCUCGGGCAGGUCUGACCACAAGUGCCUCUUGCUGCAUAGUCAUAACCAAGCCGGUAAGCAGAAAGUUGGUGCUACCACAUCAUGCAAUAUAGAGAGUGAGCAGCAUUCUCAUUCAUCAGUGUCAUGUCUCAGUGGGUCUCAUAAGCUUCUGUUUCCUCGAUCACUUUUAUCUACACCAAAACUGUGGACUCGCAGCAGCAUCGUCACAGGGAGGUUGUGGGAGGAACAGCACCUGGCGAUCCAGGCCUGUGGUAUGCAUGGUGCUACCCAGCUGAAGGUAACCCCAGAGUACUGCCUGUCUGUCGAGAACGAGGCCAGAUGUCGGAAAAGACUGGAGUCCAAUGCGGCACUGUACCAGAAGGAGAAGGGGAAGAGCUGGGCAGCUGUGCUGGUGUGCCUCUGCACUGACGGGGGAGAGCCAGCUUUCUUGUUCACUCUCCGCUCCAGCAAGCUCAAGGGCAGGCACAAGGGCGAUGUCAGUUUUGCAGGGGGUAAGAAGGACCCUGCUGACAAGGACGUUGUGAACACUGCUCUGAGGGAGGCUCAGGAGGAAUUGGGAGUCACCGUGAGGACGGAUCAGGUGUGGGGUGUUCUCAAGCCUCUGCGGGACAUGUCUGGCAUGUUGAUCGCUCCCGUACUUGCUAACCUCGGGCCUCUGGAGGCCUUGUCAUUUCGGCCUAACCCUGGUGAGGUGGAGGAGAUUUUCACGCUCAGCCUGGCUCACGUCUGCAACCCCGAGAACCGGGGCUACACAAACUUCCGAACAGGCGACCGCUAUGGCUACACUCUCCCGGUGUUCCGUAAUGGGAAGCACCGUGUCUGGGGUCUCACAGCUGUGGCACUGGAACACACACUCAAACUCAUUGUGCCACCAUAGCAGGCCAGCAAGGCUGAUUCGUCAUAUUUGUCCUGUGGAAACGAAUGCCCAGCUGUUACUGCCAAAGCAUGCGGAGCUGUGAAGACUUAAGUGAAAAUGCAGUUGGGAAUGUAACUUGAUAUUUUAUUCCUUACCUCAAACAGAUCUACACAAAAGCCACUCUAGUAGUCAUGUUUAAAGCCUAUCCCGAAAAUUGUUAAAUGUGCUUCCAGUAUUUCUGGAACACCUGAUCAAGUAACACAAUAGGUCUAGCCUGGUAUUUCUGAGUGGUGGUGCUGAGUUGUGUCUUUUUUUCUCCCCUGUGAUUUAACUUCCCUGGCAAUUUGAAUAAUGGUCACAGACUGGAAUAAAAAGCCAUCCACUUCCA